AGCUAUAUGAACAAAAGGGACCUUAUAAUAAUUGCCUUCAUCAAAGUCAAUUUUGCCUGAGGGAGGUUAUAAACAGAAUGAAACUCAACAUACAGAACAGUUUAAUAUCAUGUGUGACUUUUCUUUCAAUUUUUGUGAUAUGCAACAGUGCCGAAACCUUGAGUAAGGAUGACAGUAAUAGCGAUGAGUUAUCUUCUAUUAUUGGACAAAAUCUAAUAGAUACCGCAAAUCAAGACAUAGACAAACGUAAAUGGUCUUCAGUUGCAAGUUGGGGUAAACGGGGGUGGCCGCUAUAUUCAGGAAAAAGAUGGUCCGUGUUACAUACUUGGGGAAAGCGUGCCUCGCCAGAUUCUGAUGACAUUGAUAAAAGAAAGUGGUCAGGUUUUACAUCUUGGGGUAAACGAGCAAUCAAAGAUUACCUCAAUAAUGAAGAUAAAAGAAAGUGGAGUGGUUUUACAUCUUGGGGGAAACGAGAUUUGCCAGACUAUGAAAAUGUUGACAAACGUAAAUGGUCUGGUUUUACUUCUUGGGGAAAAAGAUCUGAUUCUGAUGAUAUUGAAAACGAUAAGCGAAAAUGGUCAAGUUUUAACACUUGGGGUAAACGUACACCUUUAUUAGAUGAUUCUGAAUUAGACAAUGACAUGGAUAAACGUAAAUGGAAUCAAGUCGGAGUCUGGGGAAAAAGGAGUGAACCUGACAAGAGAAGAUGGUCUUCUGUAUCAGCAUGGGGAAAACGAGGAUGGAACAACCUCCAGUCAUGGGGAAAACGCCCAUGGUCAUCAUUCAAAUCAUGGGGAAAACGUAAUCCAUGGCAUUCAUUGUCAACAUGGGGCAAACGAUCUGUGCCAGUUGAGAGUGACCAAGAUGCCACCUACACAGCCCAAGCUGUUUGAAAGGGGAAAUAACUCGACAUGUACAGAUUCCAUUAUACCAAUUAGCAAUAAACAAAUUUCGUGACAAAGUAUAUACUUCGCUAUAUUGUAAUUUGUCUUAAAGAAUCUUUUUAUGUAUUUUAGUGAAAUGUAAUUUGAUUUUCGAGCCUGCUGACAUUUAAUUGAAAGGAUGCUAAACUAUCACCUCAGUCCCGGCAAUCUAAUUAAAUGUUUGUUAAUAUGUUGUGUAGGACUAAGUGCGUCCGGUAAUGGCGGACAUAAUAAGUUGUUUAAAAGCUGCUUCAUUUCAGGAAUAUUAAGUCACGAAACAUUUAGAAUGACAGAAGAAUGAUUUUUGUUCUAAAACUGUUGAUGUAUUGAGUAUGCACACGAGGAAUGUAAUUAUUAUUUAAGGAGAAAGUUGUUUUUCUCUUUUUUUCUAUUUUAAUCAUUUGUUUUUUGUAACCUUUAGUUCAAUUUAUUUCGAAUUCUAAGAAGGUUUUUCUGUCGGUAUACCGAAUGAUAGAGAUGGCAAGUACUUGUAUGACAAUUCAUAGACUUAUACAUACGAACUUAACUUUUUGAUUUUUUAAAGUCUAUGGUUGAUAGAAAUUACAAUAUAUAUAUGUAUAUUGAAAUAUAGUAAGAGAACAGUAUAGAAUUAAAGAUUUGUUAUUCUAUUCAAAAAACUUAAUUGGUCCGUUUACUUUUCAGUGUUUUGUGAUUGGUAAAUAACAUUGAAAGUCAGAUAUUAUUUUGUGAUGCACUACUAUAAUGGAGAUUUAUAAUAUUAUAUAUAUAUAUAUAUAGCAGAUUUAAAAAGUAUUUUCAAGGAAAAUAAAAUGCUGAUUUACAAA